AUGAAGGCAAAAGAGUCGGACACGUCGCGGGGUGGCGAGGAUGGCGCAAAUGACUGCUCCGACACGUGGAGACGCGGGAGGGGCGCGCGCGCGCGCGCGCUGCGCCGCUGCUGCCUGCUUCUGUCAGCGGCGUGCCUCGUCUUUCUUUUCCAGGGUUUUGCGAGUCUGCAAAGAUGUGGGCGGUGUCCGGGAAACGAGAUAUCGAUUUGCGAAGCAAUUGUAAUUUCCUUGGGGUUCGGAACGGUGAACGCUGAUAAUGGACCUGCUUUUGAGAGUCGCGGCUUUGAGUUUGAAUCAACGGAGCGGGGGAAGUCAGGCUUUCUUAGUGGCCCUAGUGAGAGCGGGGGUAAGAGGCAAAGCAAAGGGAGCGGAAAGAGGAGUGAGGUGGCCGUGCGGAGGAAUGAGGGGAGCGGAACGGAAGAAGUCAGCGGCACGGACAGGAUAAGUGGAACGAAGCCAGUCAGCGGAACGGAACCGAUAAGCGAGAUGGCGAGAGUGAGGGAUCCGGCACUGAGAGUGAGCGAUGGGAAAGGGCUUGCCCGGAACCAAAGCGGAACGGAGGAGCGGAACAAUCAGACAGCGGAAAGCGUCGGAAGCGGUUUAGAGAAUCGGUCUGACACACAGGAGAACGGUAUGGAGGGGGUCUCGGUGGCAGUAACCGCCGGAACGGCAGCGGAAGCGGAAACGGAAACGAAACGGCAGAGUCUGACUGCGAAUUCUCAACAGUUUAGCGGCACGAGCGACCCCGCUGGCUUGCGAGAUCCGGGGAUCGAGCGGACGACAAAAUCGGUGGUUCUGAGAGAAACUGCUCGAGUCUCCACUCAAAAUUCGUCGCAGGGACAAGACGCGUCGUUGAAAAGGCAAGGGCUAUCAGAUGGGAGAGGGCAGAACAACGAGUCGGCAAAAGUAGGAGAUCUCGACGAAGCGUCUGGGUUGAGAGGACAAACUCGACCUCGUAGCACUCUCCAUAGAACCAACUCUUCUCUACCCAGGGUUUCAAACUUUACAGUUCCCUCGAAUGCCUCAAGAAGGUGGUUGAAUCUGGCUUCUGGAAAAAACUGGGCGGAAGAGUCAUCUUCUGCUAAGUCUCGGCCACGACUUGCGAAGCUGAACCUGACUGCAGUACUCAAACGAAGCGAAUCGGGCGAUUCAAAACCCGCGAUACCUUCACCGCAAAACGCGGGCGCUGAGAAUGCGUGGUCCAGGCGCUCCUCAGGCAACAGUGUGAGUCGGCGCGUUGAAAAGCCGCCCUCCCAAGUUCCGCUCGCGGCCGGUGUGAAUCGGCUUUCCGAGCGCUUUCGGGAGGCCGGGGUGAGCGGCAACCGUCAGAAGCCGCGGCCGUUCAGGGGCGACGUGAACGGGCUCCUCGGAAAGCGGCUGGUGGCCGGUGUGAAUGGGCUCUCCCGGGAGACCUCGGAGCCCUGGGUGCUGCGGCCGUCCAAGAUCGCGUUCAUGUUCCUGGCGAACGGGCGUAUUCACACCGACCGGAUCUGGGACCGAUUCUUCCGGGGAGCGCCCAGCAAGGACCACUACAGCAUCUACAUCCACAGUAAUUUGGGACCUGGCUUCGAAUACAACGAGAGGACGACGAACGCGAGCUGCUUCUACGGACGAACUCUGCCAAACAGUGCUCCCUCGCUGCGCUUCCACAUAUCGAUGGUGGAUGCGCAGACGAAGCUCCUGAGGAGCGCCCUCCAGGACGCGUCCAACCAGUGGUUCGUCCUGCUGUCCGACUCGUGCGUCCCGCUCCACAGCUUCGCCUUCACGUACAACUACCUCUUUGCUGGUGAGCGCAGUCUUCCUUUUCUGACGGGCGGUGCUCGCUGACCACCGAAUGCGUCCCACACAGUGGAGAUGUCAUUCUGGAACAUCAGGGCGGUCGUCAUGUCAAGAACCAAUUCGAUUACCUUACCUACAGAGGAAAGACCAAGGGGCUUAACCCGAAGAUCAAUUGCUAUCACUGGCUGAGAUAGAAUGACGACGCCUUUUCCCCCGGGUUUGAAGGUUUGAAGGUUUGAAGGUUUGAAGGUUCUGG